UUCAAUUUGGGAUCGAAAAUGACCUACAAUUUCAACAACCACGGAAUACCGUUUUUACCAGGAUACUCAUUCCGGGACGUGUCGAAGUCAGCAUUUCAUCGGAGCCAGACACUGGGCUAUAAGAAUGGCUACGCUCUGCCCCAUCGAGCCAGUGUUCGCCCUGCGCAGGACAGUCUUUUAUCAGAGUAUCAUCUGACCCAUCAGGACAUCACUGACCUUACUUAUGGACCCGCCGACCAGAAGCUGCAUAAAGCCUUCAUUCCAGCCCACGUCACCCUGGACAAGAAGGUGCUGCGUUACUAUGCAUACUUUGUGGAGGACGUGUUGGAUUCUCCAGAGGUGGGGCAGUGCGUGCGCCCUGUGGUCAUCUACUACUACCUAGUGGAUGACAGCAUGUGCAUCUUUGAGCCCAGAGUGCAGAACUCCGGGACGCAGCAGGGAAAACGCAUCAAACGCCAGCGUUUUCCUAAAAAUGACCGUGGGGAGUAUUACAAGUGGAAAGACCUCAACCUCAGAAUGGACCUGGAUGUUUAUGGGGUCAAAUACCACAUCACACAAUGUGAUGCAUUCACAAAGGAGUUCAUGGAAAGUGAGGGCAUACUUGUGAACGACCCGGAGCCGAUGCCGGUAGAUUCUCACAGCAAAGAUCACCAGAAGCCUCAGCCGCCGUACAGCACUCCCUCCAAAUUGGACAAGCUGUACCAGUUCCUCAAUAUGGAUGGCAAGGUCUUACGUUUCUUUGCUCUGUUUGAUGAUGCUGAUGAGACCCGGUUUGUUAAAAUCCACUACUACCUGGUUGAUGACACAGUAGAAAUCACAAACGUCCAGGAGCCAGGCAGCAGUGACGAUCCUUUCCCUGUUCUGCUGCACAGACUGAAGAUACCCAAGCAAAUCAAAAAAGAGAACUUCCCCAUCUGUGUGAUGGAGGUGUCAGAUGAAGAGGUGGAGUAUUAUUCCCCCAAAGACUUCCAGCUGGGUCAAACGAUAAAUCUGCUUGGUCGAAGCUUCACGCUGUACCAGUGCGAUGGCUUUACCAGAGAAUACUACCAGAAGAACCACCCAGACAUGGAGAUGAAAUCGGUUGAGAUUCCAAAGAAAUCUGAUGUUGUUCAGGACAGGAAGAAGGAGGUUCCUCCCUACAAUGGUUUCGGUUCUCUUGAAGACUCACUUCAGAAUUGUUUGUUUCUGAACCCGAAGCCUCCCAAAAUCAAUCCAUUAAAGAAGCUGGAAAAACAAAACCAGGUGCUGCGCUACAGUGCCCGGCUGGAAUCCCCACACCCCGAGGAUGAAAGCCGCCGUUUCAUACUCUCAUACUACCUUUCAGAUGACAUGAUCAGUAUUUUUGAAAAGUCCUCCAGCCUCUGUUUCUUUGGUGGCAAGUUCUUAAAAAAGACUCGUGUCCCCAAACCUGGCUCCACGGUGGAAAACCCAGAGUACUACUCGCCUGCGGACUUCGCCAUCGGAGCCAUUGUGGAGGUUUUCAGCCACCGCUUCGUGUUGACCGACGCUGACCGCUAUGUUCUCACAUACCUGGAGUCCGUCUGGGAUCAGAUCCCCUCCCAGACUCUGGAUUCUAUACGGCAAAAGCUGGAUGAGGGGACGGCGAACAAGCAGCCAGCUGACCAAACCGAUCUUGCAGAACCAUCUCACGACGAAAAGCCAGUCCUGUGA